AUGUCUGAUAGUAGUGACGAUGAAGUAUCAUUGAGAGCAGACUCUCUUGCAGCUCUUCAAGAGUUUUUAAAAGAACAAAAGCAACAAGAACAACAAACCGAAGAAAUAGGUGAGGACUGGCAAUUAUCCCAAUUCUGGUAUUCACAAUCAACAUCUGAUCAUGUAGCUAAAACCAUUGCAGAGGAGACUAUACCAAGAGAUGGUAAAAAGAGAAUACUUUGUUUAUCAACACCUUCUAUAUUUAAAACAAUUCAUGCAAAUGAAGAGAUUGCAUCACAAUUAGAGUAUCAUUUAUUUGAAUAUGAUCGUAGAUUUGGAGUAUAUGGAGAUAGAUUCAGUUAUUAUGAUUACAAUGAGCCAUUAGAGUUUGGCAUGGAACAUUUACAACAAUACGAUUUGAUUUGUUUUGAUCCACCCUUUUUGUCUGAAGAAUGCAUUGAAAAGGUUCAAAAGACCAUAGAGGCAUUGUCGCACAGCCACACCAGACUCAUUCUUUUGACUGGUCGUAUUCAAUGGCCACACAUUCAACGUCUAUUCAAAAACAUGCACAUUUGUAAAUUCCAUCCAGAACAUCCACGUCUUAGCAACGAUUUCUUUUGUUGUAGUGUCAGUGUUGUUUGUUGUUGGAUCGAUCGUAGUAGGGAAGUAGAGAGUAGAGUAGACAAAAGACCGACUCACUUUUAA